AUGAACGUUAAUGCGGUGAGAGUACUGGCUGUUUACAUUUUAUGGAAAAGAAGGCAACAGCGAUUUAAUAGGAGAAGAGUUGAUCCUUAUAACGCUACAAGGUUACUGAGAGGCGAACACGUAACAUCUUUCUCCGAUUUACGAGAAAAUAAUUAUAAAUUUUAUAAAUAUUUUCGCUUAUCUACAAGCAGUUUCGACGAAUUACUCUGCAAGUUAGAGUUUUCUUUACGACGAUCCAGCUUACGUUGCAUACCCAUAACUCCUGUGGAAAAAUUGGCGAUCACUCUAAGGUUUUUGGCAACGGGCUGUACUUUCUUCGAUUUAUCCAUCGCAUACAGAAUGGGAAUUACUACUGUAGCUAAUAUAGUAAAUGAAGUUUGUUCGGCUGUAUGGCAAAAUCUUCGUCAUGAAUGUAUACCUGAACCAACUACAGAAAUGUGGCAGCGUAUUACUGAAGAAUUUGAAUUAUAUGCAAAUUUUCCAAAUUGUUGUGGGGCGAUAGAUGGUAAACAUAUACGUGUAAUAAAUCCGGCAGGUGGAGGCUCUAUGUUUUAUAAUUAUAAACAUUUCUAUUCUAUCGUCCUUUUGGCAAUGUGCGAUGCGAACUAUUGUUUUACCUAUAUUAACAUUGGGUCUUGCGGAAAAAACUCAGAUUCUACAAUAUUUCAAGAGAGUUCACUUUUUCGAAAGUUACAGAACAAUACAUUGAGGUUACCUGGUGUAAAACAUCUGCUGGGCACUAAUAUAACACUACCACACAUUAUAGUUGGUGAUGGUGCAUUUGGUAUAUCCAACCAUGUGAUGAGACCUUAUGUGCGAUCCAACAUGACUCAUAAAAAGAAGGUAUUUAAUUAUCGCUUAAGUUGUGCUAGACGGUACAUAGAGUCGACGUUUGGAAUAAUGUCCAACAAAUUCAGAGUGUUCCAUACUCCAAUGAGUGUCAGUUUUCCUGUCGCAAAAAAGGUAGUUCAAGCCUGUUGCAUAUUGCAUAAUUUUAUUAGAAUACGGGAUGGCUACAACGUUAAUGACACAUUAACUAUAACGGGAAUGACUGAUUUAGUUGACCAACCAGAUCAUAGAUCAGGAAACACAUUACGCGAUAUAUUCGCUGAUUACUUCAUAUCACCCACUGGUAGCGUGUCAUGGCAAGAUAGAUCUGUGUUAUGA